UUCGCUGUCCAAGUGGGGGCGGAUGCCGGUUUUUCUAACAGAAAUUACACACGACCAUACGACUGACAUUCUCUCUUUUCCUGCCGCUAUCUCUCGAAAUAGAAACCGUAUUUUGCUUGCGUCAUCAUCGUAUAAUUAGGGAUACGCUGAGAUCAUGAUAGGCAUAGCCUACAGUGAACAACCGGGACCGAUCAAUUGUAGCUGAUGCAGCCACCACAGCGUUUUUGUUGUGGAGCGGUGGUGUGGGGAAUGUGAAUGACAUGGAAAAGGAAGAGAAUGGCAUUUUUCCACCGGCUUUGUCUGUGAACGAAAAGUUGACCAGCAGCACAUCUCUCAACCAGCCACUGUCUGACGAUACCGCCGACGCCGCAGGUCUUCUCUCUAAACAUGUCAACAGGGAUGAGACGUGUUGAACUGACAGCGGACGCAGCCGGUGAAGCAGGAGAGGAUAUUUCCCGUUCCACAGUAGCGUGUGUACGUGUCGGGAGUACGAUAAUGCUCGAUUUAGUUACUGACAGCCCAUCUGGUGGCACUGUAAGCAAUUGUGUCAUUCCUGAGCCAGGUAGCGACUCUGCUACAAACGGGUUUACUGGGUCAAUAAUGGUUGCCUCCAAGGCAGGGAGCUGCUCUGCUAUCACUGCAGUGAAUCGAGAGGAAAUGGACAGAAGUGCUCUCUGGGGGACCUCCCUGGCUCAGAAGAACAAUGAUUGCUCUGCAGAAAGACUAGAUGCCUGUGUGACAGCAGCUGAGCCACUGCAGUCAUUGGCACACUCCUGGAAUGGACAGCUUGAACAGAGGUGCACAGCAGCCUCCCGGACUGGUCCGGAGGGGUUCUCGAUUGGAGACACCGUUUGUGUUAUACAGAGUCCUCUUCACAGUGAUGCUGUUAUUAGACCACAUAUUAACCGAAGUACGACCUCUGACAAGGAGGACAAAAUGGCAAACGGUGGAUUAUUGAUAGGAUACAACAGUGCCAAGUUAAACACAGAGACAGCUGUAACAGUUCUUUCUGAUGGAGCUGCAACCUGUAUCUCUAACCCACAAUGUGAAAAACUCUCCUUGUCUGCAGUGAGUGCAAGGGAGGGCCAUCACGAAUCCUGCAAUAUCAGAGAGGAACCUGACGGAGCCGGGGCCCAGCCUAGAAAACAAGCUAACGUGGCAGGAGAGCUAUCUGAUGGUGCUACUUCCAGUCUCACCUCUCAGGGUUUACCAUCAAUCCCAGCACCAACGAAAGACCCCUGCAGUGUCAAACCAGACACCAGGCAGGGAGCAGAACCAUCAACAUCUGGUCACUCAGGAGGUGAUCCAUCCUCCAGACUCCAUCCUCAGUCCCACAAGACCACCAGUCUGAACUAUGACCCGUCCAGCAUUCUCAGCCCAGGGGACGAGGAUGAGGAUGGGGAGACCUUUGUGGAGCUGGGGGCCCAAGGCUACAGUGACCUCAGGUUCAUGGACGUCAGUCUGAGCUCCAGGAACACCUAUGAGUCCAGCAGACGUCAGUCCGCCCCAGGACAUAUAGGACUGAGUGUGGACUCCUCUGAACUGGCCUUACAGUCAAAAAGACCCGGCAUCGCUGAGUAUUUCGGCAGGGGUUUAUUUUCCAAGAAGCAUAUAGAGCCGAAGAGUCCGUCCCAGAAUGUACCUGGGUGGAAGCUGUUUGGAAAAGUUGCUGCCAGAGAGAGCCCUCCCAAGGACUCCAGGACCAUACAGCAGGAGUACGAGGCCAGGGCGGGCAAGGCUGGAUCUGGGGGAACGUCUCCUACUCAGCCUCAACAUGGCCGGAGGAAGAACCUGGACUUUGAACCACUGUCCACCACAGCUCUUAUACUGGAGGACAGGCCUCCGAACCUUCCUGCCAAGCCUGUGGAGGAGGCCCAGCGUCACCGUCAGGAGUAUGACGAGAUGGUGGCCGAGGCCAAGAAGAGAGAGUUAAAGGAGGCCCAGAGGAAGAGGAAAGAGAUGAAGGAGAGGUUUAAGCAGGAGGACAGCAUCGCCAACGCCAUGGUGGUCUGGAACCACGACAUCCUGCCCAACUGGGACAACAUGCGUAACACUCGGCGGGUGAGAGAGCUCUGGUGGCAGGGCUUGCCCCCCAACGUCAGAGGAAAGGUCUGGAGCCUAGCCAUCGGCAACGAGCUCAACAUCACCCCAGAGCUGUAUGACAUCUUCCUCUCCAGAGCCAAGGAGAGGUGGAGGAGUUUCAGUGAGAUGGGUUCAGAGGCUGACGAUGGGGCAUCGCUGGCAGACAGAGAGUCCAGUCUGGACCUGAUCAAGCUGGACAUAUCCCGCACAUUCCCACCUCUUUUUAUUUUCCAGAAGGGUGGGCCAUAUCAUGAUCUCCUCCACAGCGUGCUGGGAGCCUACACCUGUUACAGACCUGAUGUGGGAUAUGUUCAGGGCAUGUCCUUCAUAGCUGCAGUGUUAAUUCUCAACCUGGAGGAAGCUGACGCCUUCAUUGCCUUCGCUAACCUGCUCAACAAGCCCUGUCAGCUGGCCUUCUUCAGAGUGGACCAUGAUCUAAUGCUGAAAUACUUUGCUGCGUUCGAGGUGUUCUUUGAAGAGAACCUCCCUAGACUGUUUAACCACUUCCAGAUCUCCAACCUCACCCCAGAUCUCUAUCUCAUCGACUGGAUCUUCACUCUGUACAGUAAGUCGUUGCCGUUGGACGUGGCAUGUAGAGUGUGGGAUGUGUUCUGUCGUGACGGCGAGGAGUUUCUGUUCCGGACGGGUCUAGGGAUCCUGCGUCUCUACGAGGAUGUGCUCCUACAGAUGGAUUUCAUCCAUAGCGCCCAGUUUCUGACACGCCUCCCAGAGGAUAUAGACUCUGAUAGGCUGUUCGCCUGCAUCGCGGCCAUGCCCAUGCUCAACGGAAACAAGAAAUGGUCCCAGGUGUUUAAUGCAUUGAUAAAGGAGAACAAGGACGUGGACAGGAAUUGCAGCCAAGUAGUGAAGAGUUCAUGAUUCAGCCGUGGAACAAUUUUAUCAUCACAUUCCUCUCUUUAAUUGAGAGCCUUUGAUCACAUUAGAGUCAUAAUGGUAAAUGGACCUUAAAGAAUGACAUCAUACUUGAAGAUGGAGGCCUCAGACACCAUUGCCAGGUUGAUUGAAUUGAGAGUAUUUAUGGUAGUAUACCAUGAAUAUAUGAUGAUAUACUGUAGGUAGAUGUGAUGAAUUGGGUCUGUCUAGUCCCAUCAGAAAGGUAUGGAGUUUCUUAGAUUGAAUGAGGCCCUUUGUUACACCUGUGGAUUUUAUCUCACUAACAUUACAAUAUAUAUUUUAUGAAAGUGCACCUCCAAGCAUACAUAUAUUUAUAUGACUUAAUUGACCAAGCCAACUUUACAACAUAGAAGGAAAAUUAUGAAAUAAUUGACAGAGCCCUUCCGUUUCUUAUGUGUCUGAAGCUUGACAUCGAAUAGUUUAACUAAACUACCAGUAAUAGGUUUUAAUUACAGUGAGCAAUUGUUUCCGAAAGGAAUUGCAAUAGAGAAAAUGUGUGACAUGUGGCACUAGCCCAGGAUUGGACUAAAGGAGCCUACCGUUACUCCUUAGUCCAAGGACCUUGCAUGCUCUGUUUAAAGGGCGAAUUGACUCUGAAAGACAAAACUGCCAAAUACUCCCAUCUAAACGUGAAUCGAUUCUCAAUUGCGGCACGGUUCUAGAAACAUAGAUCCCUCUACUUUCAUAUCACAUCUAAAUAAUUUCACAAAUGCAAAAUACACACUGGUUUUAACACAGUUGUAGUCGACAGUAUUUUUCAGCGACAACACGUUUGUGUCGUCUGUCUUCCGUUUACACACAGGUGUUCGGAGACGGAUAUAGCUAAUUAGCACAGAUAGUCCACUCUGUCUUCCGUCUGUUUUUCGUAAACAAUCGCUGUAACAUGGAAAUAUGUCCGUAUGGGAACCCUAACCCUUUACAUUUACCUUUUGUUUUUGUUUUCAUUCAAAAGGCACUCGCACAUAUGAGCUAUCUUUGUUGCAGGUGCAACAGUUGAAUACAAUUAGGGGAAAAAGAAACCCGCACACUGCUCUUGCUACUAUCACUUCUCUUUAUUAAGCUAGCUUUAUGAAGGCAUUGAGGCCGAUACGUAAAUCUAGCUUAAUAAAGAGCAGUGUGCGGGUUUCUUAUUUUUUUCUCGCGGAUGUGAAAGGUUAUGCUUCCGAAAUCGUACCGUAAGCGUCGCGUGUUAAUGUUCAGAUCGAGCGUCGCGGCUCGUACACCCCCGUACAGAAGACGCCUCCGUCCAAUGACUCUUAUGUGUAAUGUAAUAGAACUGAGAGUUAUGAUCAAGGCCUGUUGUGCCACGUGAGGUUUCAGUGUUUUGCUGGAUGAAUCUUGCUGGAUGAAUCCACAGUGAAGCUAUUAUAUUGUUGUGAAUAAAACAGCAAUGGGACACCUUUUCAAAGUACCUAUUCAUGAAACAUAAUUAACUUUUAAAACUUGGUCUUGUUUGUGAUGUUGCUCACAUCUAUUGUUACUUUACAUUUGACCAAACACUUAUGUUGAGGUCCAACAUAUUUUAUUAUCAAUGCUGUAAUUCAUGGUUCUACAGUACAUGUUUCAUAUCGUUUCUUAUGCUCUCUAUAUUGUAUAGUUUUCAUACUGAGUACUAAAACAAUUGUAAAUAUAUUUUAAAUGAAUUCAAAAGUACCCCUGUGAUACUGUAUCAGACCAGAAGUUAUGAAUUAUGUAAAUAAAUCAAAGAGAUGAUU